AGAUGGGAAAAAGGAAAAAAAGUUCCGUGUGCCAAUUUCGUUUCGUAUUUAUUUUGUGAAAGCUUGUUUCAAAACAGACUUUAUGCAUAUUAAAAUCGUAGAAAUCCAUCAUCAAUAUAGUUGCAUACAUCUUGUUUCACGAGAAUUCACACAUUGUUGACGAAGUGGACGAGGUAACGAGAAGUAUUGUAUAAAAAAGAAAUAUGGGGAAUUGUUUAAAAGGAGCGAGAAGCGACAGUCAGUCCUUGCUUAGAGACGAUACAAGUAUGGACCAUGUAAGGUCAUCAGACAUGCCACCACCAUAUGAGGAAGAAGAAGUUCCAGCUUCGAUAUUCAACAUAUCUUCUAAUAAUAUUCCAGCAAGCAAUCUUUCUGAGGAACAACAAGUGCGUUUAGCACAAAGACUUGGACUUAUUCAACAUCUUCCGUCAGGAACAUAUGAUGGGACAAAGAAAAAAAGAGAAUGUGUGAUAUGUAUGGGAGAUUUUUGUGUUGGCGAUCCCAUCCGAUUUUUACCAUGCAUGCAUAUAUAUCACAAGGAAUGUAUUGACGAUUGGUUACUUCGUUCGUUUACAUGUCCAUCAUGCAUGGAGUCUGUUGACGCAGCCCUCAUAUCCACGUUUUAUACAUCAGAGUAACGUUUUCAGAUUUAUUGUUGGAAAAUUUCAUACAACGCGAUGUUGUCACUACCACAAAUAAAUAUGGCUAAUGCGAGUCGAACACUAAAGAAACGCGGAAACCAUAGACGUGUUUACAUUCUCCAUGUUACAAUUUACAGCUUUCCAAUGCCUUUUAUUUGUGUGGAGACUUGUUGUUGAUAGUUUUGUGUUCCAACUUUUAUUUAUUGCACUCUGUGGCCACUGCUUCUAUAAAAAAUAUAAAACUAUUGUGUGAAUUCUUGUAAAAUUCAGUGAAGUCAUUCCCCUUUCAAUUUAAACUUGCCUGCCUGCUCUGUUAAUUCGUCGACAUUUCCGACGGAAAUUGCUGAGUGUCAACGUGAGUUAUAAAGACUGGUCAACCAUCCUUUUGAAUGCUUUAAAAAGUGAAAAUCGGGGAUUUAUGAGUAUUUGAUGGUUUUUUUGCUAUACAUGUUCAUGAUGCUUUGUAGAGAUUCUUCUUUUGUGAAUAUUUUCGUUUUUGUAUGAUAGUUUUUCUGUUUUGCAGUAAUUAUAUAAUUUAUUCUGUUUAAAGAAUUUUUAAGAGCAGUAGAGAAGAGAAAUCUGUUGGAAGUUAUCAGAAUAUUUUGUGUCGAAGGUUUCUGCUUUAUAAAUUCAUAAGAUGUUUGUACGUAGUUGUUCUUAUUACUAGGUUUGAAGUAACCGUUUAAUUUUUUUUAAAAAAAAAUUAAAAAAUUCGUUACAUUUUCAAUGUUAACUCGCAUUUAACUGUGUAGUCACGAAACUGCAAUACCGCAGCUGUCAUAAAUCUCGAGGUCUAGCGAAACUUAAAAAGUAGCGAAGGCUGGUACCUCGCUUGCUUUGUUUUAGAUUUAAUGUUGUUUUUAAGUUUUGUUACCUGCUGAUAUCUUGAUUUUUAUUAUUCUGUUAUUAUUAUUUAGUAAUUUAAAGUAAGGAGUGUUAUAAUGAGCAAAGGAAAGAAACGCGACAUUUCUGUAACGCAAGUUGCGUUUCUUUUCUCUACUCUUUCUGUAUUAUGUAUAUGAGGUGGAGCAUUUUUUAUUUAUACUUUAUUAUCUUCAUAUAGUAAGAGUUUCUAUAAGAUAAAAUGUUUGGUAGGA